AUGAAAGGUCCAAACUCCUGCCGUCCGCUCCGUGCAUCGAUCCUUCUCGUUGCGUUUUUAAUCGGCUCUUUCAACGUCGCGAGUUCUCGGAGUGUUGAAAAUUCUCAUCAUCAUCAUCACCAUCGUCGUCAUGAGGUUCGCGAAUCCGUUGCUCGUCAGGAAGAACCGGCCUCGAAUAGUCCCCAGGCUAUUGCUCCGACGAGUGCUAUCAAAAGUGUGAAGAUCGAAGGAGACCCUUCUUCUGCUGCAUCCGAACCCGAUGCAAUCGGAGCGAUCGAUAAACGCUCGGAUCACGCGCGGGAUCAAGUCCGAGGAAGCGAUGUGCCUUCGAUCCGUUCUCCAUCGAGCUUAGACGCAAGAGGCUCCAGUCCGAACGUUGAUCAAGAAGGCAUUCGGAGAUUCGACGAGUUAGUGGUAAACGAAGAACCUGCGAGCGUAACGUCGAACGGUGAAAAGGAAAAAUUGAGAGAUGCUGCAGCAGACCGUCUCGAGGUCGAUAAAACCGUCGUAAAAGGAAUCAUCGUCAAAGACGAACCGAGCAGUGCUGAUCAACUUCAAGGUGAGAUAUCUCCUGAUACUCAGAAAUCUUUCAGGCAGCUCAAAACAUCUCGCAAAAGAUCCUUGCAAGACUCUCCGUUAGAGCCAAUUGACAUACCAAAGCAACCGGCUGAAAAUGCUCCACAAGAACAAAUAAAAAACGCUCAACCGGAAUCCUCAGAGUCUCACGCCGCGAAGCUUGUUCCCGUUGUUUCGAAUCGCGCAGAGUCUUCUCAGCGCACUGUAUCGGAGCAUGCUGAGCCAUCCUCGAGCCGGUCGAACGAGCAGGUGCAAGAAAAAUUAUCAACGCAGGCAAACAGAGAAAUUGUUGAUGGCACCCGGUCAUUUAAUAGUGAAAAUCAAAAGUUUGAAACUUCCGAGAAAACUGUGUCCAUCACCAAACCGGAUCGAGAGCGGGCGAAAACCAAAUUCAUUGAGAGCGAUCAGGCCACGAAAAAAAUCGUUGUUCCAGAAGCGAAAAAAAUAACGGUUCAUGAAAACGAUGUGAACAAGGUGGAAAAAGAAUCGGACGAUCGUGUUGUGAACACCAAGAACCUUCCGUCGACGAGUGUAAGUGAAAACGAGCAACAAGAAUCAGUGGGCCCGGUCAAGAGCGCCGAUGACCUGAAACGAGAGGUAACGAAUCCGAACGCGGCAGGUUUUUCUGCACUAGCGAGCAUAUUAACAACAACUACAGGUCUAGAAGAAGCCAAAUCCCAAGCUUUGCUGCUUCAGGCAUCAUUAAAAAAUAAAACAUUUUUGGAAAGUUUGCGAGACGAAUCGAGCCAAGUUUUACCGCAAAUUCCAAAAUUUACUGAAAAACAGCUUCUCGAUGCACUCAAUACGAUUUCCUUGUCGAAAACGGCCGAGAAAGCCGAGCAUUCUUACUUGCCGAAAAUCGAUACGAGCCUGUUGAGCGAUGAGCAACUUAAAAUUUUGAGAUGCGCAGAAGCUCUCGUCGUUCGAGAACAAAGACAAACCUUUUCCGAAAAUAUGUUCGAAUGCAUUCGGGGUUUGAGUAUAUUGAAUUGCAUGAGGAUAUUUGUUUGGCCGAUAAUUGCUGAUAAUAUUCCCGCAUCGUUCACUCAAAAUUUGCCAACUUUGCCCAUAGAGAUAAACAUAUCCGACUUGUUGGCUGGCAGUCAGAAAGACAAACCGAAGAGCUCGCGAGUGAGGUCGACCUUGAUUUUCCCCCCAGGGGUAUUCGUCACGCCCGAACUCCUAGUUUCGAAUAUUCUGAAAGAGGCUCUGAGCGCAAAGCCGAAGGAGGAUGGGAAGUCGGAAACAUUCAUCGAUACCAAGAACGAGACUUUGGCCAAGUUUUUGACGUCUGGUCAACUGGAGAUAUUGAGAAUGGCAGAAAAGUUCCUGCCCGAGUCGGCAAGACAGGAAUAUUCGGACAAGAUGUAUGCCUGCGUCCAAAGAUUCGAGUACUUCUCGUGCGUCAAAUAUUUCACUUGGCCCAUGGUUAAACAACAUUAUGCCGACUUACCGGAAUUCCCGAAUUAUCAUACUUGGUACCCGAGCGUAAGUGUGUACACUGAUUAUCCAAUUCUCCCGUUUCCCGGUGCUGAAGGAAGUGGAAAAUUACCAGAAGUCGUUGAAGCCGAUGGGACCCGAACAAGUGCUCCGCAGCCGGAGACAGUGAUCGUCCAAAUAUUGGAAAAUACACUGAGGCAAAUACACAAAUCCUCAAAUUUACCAACGUCUUAUUAUUCGGCGCGAUAUCCUGUCGCUCCUGUGCCAUCGGUAACCGCUGACCAAAUGGCCAUUUUUUAUACAGCUGAGCAAUUCCUCCCGCAAGCAAUGCGACCAGAGUUUCUUGCUAAAACCAUGAAAUGCAUUUGCCAGUACGACUAUCUCACUUGCACGAAAUACUCGACUUGGCCUACUGUUCGGCAACUCUAUCCAAGUCUGCCGCAACUCCCUGAUCUCUCUAGCUGGAUACCGACUUUCGCUCUUCCGGACAUACCCGAUUUUUCGGACUUUAUUCCAAAUUUUAGUAGCUACUUUCCGAGUUUUCCGAGCUUCCCGAGUUUCCCGGGAAUAGGCUCGCCGGGACAACAACCACAGCCGCAGCCGCAGCCGCAACCGCAGCCACAACCAGCGCCCCAGCCACAACCAGAAACGCAGCCUCAACCGCAGCCUCAGCCUCAGCCUCAGCCUCAACCUCAACCUCAACCACAACCGGAAACGCAGCCACAACCCCAACCACAACCGGAACCGCAACCGCAGUCACAACCGGAAACGCAGUCACAAGCGCAACCGGUUGCGAUCAAGCCACCUUACCUGCCACAGGUGCAGCCUCAGCCCCAACCCCAGCCACAACCAGGUCAGUCGCAACACCAAACGAGUCCGAACAAGCCAUCCUACGUACCGCAAGUACAUCCGGUCCCUGAUAAGCCACCAUAUUGGACCGACGUCGACUCGUCCAAUUCAUCGAAGGUGAACAAGGAAGAUCAGAGAUCAUCGGAAUCUCCGAAUCCCAUUGAAAAUCGCAUUAUUCAAAUUCUUUCGAACAUCAGAUUGAUAUCCCUGGAUAGAAAUUCUCAGCAAGUUCCUUCCGUAAGCCCAGGCACUUUGGUUACCUUGCAAGGUUUGACUUACAGUCAACUGAAGAUUUUGGAAUUAUCGAAAAGUGUCUUACCAGCUCAGAUUCGGGGUGAUCUUGAUGCCAGAUUUGUCGGAUGUCUUCAGGGCAGCGGCGACUUUUUGGGAUGCACGAAAAAUGUAAUCUGGCCUACUCUCCAAUUGUACGUCAAGGAUUUGCCGGCGUGUCCUCGCGAAGAAGAAAUGCAAGUUACGGGCUCCAUUUACAGUCCCUUGAAUCCGGGAUAUCCGAAAAUCGUCGGAUUGCCGGAGGGUUACAUCAUUACACCAGGAAUUUAUCAGCCGAUCGUUCGUCCGACUGCGGAAAUAUCUGGACGAUCACCCCCAAAAGAGCAAAUACUGGCAGAGUCCGAAGAUGAGCCCGUUAUUUCCAUAACCGACACGAGAUUCACGCCAAUUUAUUCCGAUCACCCUGAAACGGUUCUCCUCAAAAUCCUGACGACUGUACGUUCCUCAUCGAAGUUCCCAGAUAAUUCGAACCCACUCAGCUCUUCCGGUGCACACCUGGAAUCUUUGAAUGACUAUUUGAACCCUGAUCAGUUGAGCGUGAUAGAAAUAUCAGAAAAUUUAUUACCGGCCGGCGUGAGGGAGAAUUUUAUCGACAGCAUUUCAAGAUGCACGAAAGAGUCAAACUUCAUGACGUGUUCGCGCGAUCUUCUAUGGCCGACUCUCCUGCAAUAUUAUCCAAGGCUGCCGAGCUUCCCGAACUUCAACAUAAACGACGAAUCGCUUAAUAAAAUCGAAGCAUCAGGAUCCACGAAAUCUUCUGGUUCCCCUGCAGCGUCGUCCGCAAUGUCGGAGACUGAUGUGAAAACUGGAUUGCAUGGGGACGCAAUGGUUACGAUAACCGACACGAGAUUCAUUCCCAUAUUCAGUGAACAUCCGGAAGAAGUAAUUUUGAGUAUUUUAAAAAACUUGCAAGCGUCUUGGCCGGAGCAGCAGAGUCCCAAAGGGCCUGAUCAACCGCUCGUCUUCGCUGGCAAAGUCUCCGAUCAACAAGCCAAUAUAAUAGCGGUCGCCGACACCCUUCUGCCGAAAUCGAUACGCCAGGUAUUCAACACUCGAAUGGCGGAGUGCGCGAAGGACAAUGGAUUUUUGGAUUGCACGAGGGACAUAGCUUGGCCAACGAUAGCCCAGUUUUUCCCGCGUUUGCCGAGUUUCCCAAAUGUCGGAACAUUGCCGCAGCCAGCUGUCGAUCAUAAGCCAGCUCAGCCGGCAACGCUGCUCCCUCCGCAUUUCGAGGAUGCAGAAGUCUUGCCAGUCACUAUUUCCCGCAAGCCUAGUUUCGCCGUGUCCGCCGGAAGUUCAGGGUCGGUGGCGCCCACGGAGGAGGUCGAGUCUCGCAUCGAAUCGACCCUCAAGCAUCUUUCUUCGGCGAUGAAAGCCCCGUCCGAAGCCAAGCAGGGAUAUCCGAACACGAAGGACCCUUUGGUCAGUCCGCUCGUCACCGAGAGACAAGCCAACGUGAUAAGAAUGUGCGAGGAACUCUUGCCGAAUUCGAUCAAACCGAUUUUCGUAGGCAAGAUGGUGGAGUGUUCCCGCGCUGACGUUUUUCCAAAUUGCAUUCGCAACGUCGGCUGGCCAACGUUGCGACAGUUCGUGCCCAACGUUCCCGAGUUCCCAGACUUCGGUAACCUGGGCGCCUACUUGCCACAAGUGCCGCAAGACCUCGCACAGAUACCGCAAAUACCUGAUUACCAGUUGCCCUCCCAAGUGCCAAGCCUCCCAGCCUUCGGACUUCCGGGACAAGGAUAUUUGUAUCCGUACCAAGCUGUUCAGGAGCGAGUCUCGCACGGACAGCCGGCCUUACUUUCCCAAGGUUCCCUGACUGCCGGAGGCCAGCCGAGCGGAUUUUACCUCAGCGGGCUCCAAGGAUUAACUCCGUCCGUAGAUCCAUCAUCAUCGAAGUCACCCUGGACAAGCUCGUCAGGACUUCCGGAUGUGGUACCAUCAGCAACAGCAAAUAGGCAAUCCACCCUUCUAUCGAGAGAUGACGCAGAGGAGGAACUAGUUUCUCCCCCAACAACGACAUUCGGGGAAGGAAGAAAAAAACGAUCGCUCGACACAGUGUCUCCGUACGAAUAUCAAAAUAUUGGCUCCAACAAAGUCGACUCCUCUUCCUUCAACUUAACGGAGUCCGAAAUCCUCAGAAUUCUUGACAACAUAACGCGACAUCAGGGCCCAGGUCAGCCAACGAAAAGGAAUCCGGGAGAGUAUUUCGUUGAUAGCUUGAAUGAGACGAUAAAAAGUAGCCUCACAGCUGAUCAGUACCAAAUUCUAAGAAUCCUCGAGGACAUUAAUCCCCAAGCUAGCAAGGGGCUCAUGUCGCAGGUCUGGCAAUGCAUAAGGAGCCUGAGUUUCAUAAGAUGCAUAGGGAUAUUCGUAUGGCCCGUAAUAACGCAGAACAUCCUCCCUACCUUUGGUAAUCUGAAUCCCUUUGGGAGAUCUCAGGAGACGAACAAGUUUGAAGAAAUUUUCGGAAUGACGGAUGCUGAUUUGGAGAAAGAACUUGUUGAGAAAAAGGAAAAUAUGGAGAGCCUCCUUGUUGAGUGGUAUCGUAAAUUGGUGGAGGAAAAAUUUGAAAAAACUUAUGGUUUCAUAAGAAUAUAUGGGGAUGGUGACGGAGCGAUUGGUAUAAGCUUUAACGGCUUGGGUCGCACGGGGAGAGGUGCACGGAUAAAAGACCACAAAAAUUUGCCUAGUAUCCUUACGAUUAUAAGCGACAUUAUGGAGGACAUGCUGGAGCAGAAGGAUUCGAGGGCGGAUUUUGACAGGAAAAAGGAGCCUAGCAAAAAAGAUAAUUACAGACGCGUCAAGAGUCUCCACGAGCCCGCUGUGAGCGAUGAUUCCAACCAAGUUCUUACCGAGACCUCCCGACACGAAUCAAGCAGCGAUGACCGAAUAAUCGCCAUGUUCCUUGACAAGUUGAAAUCUAACCUGACCAACGAGAAUGGAGAUGCGAGCGAUACGAAUAACUAUCUCAGUGAAGAAGCUGCUUAUAAGGCAUUCGAGCUAUUAUUUGGCACCAAGUUAACUGAGAAGAUGGCAGAGAGACUCGAUAUUUUGAAGAAAGGAGAUUUCGGACGAGAAAGUUACUCUCGGAGCUCGAGAAAAUUAUCCGAUGAUGGCGAAAGUAAUCGUGGUGCCGAGCAGGUGGUCGAGGAGCAGAACACAAACAGCCACUUUUUACUGAAGCUUCCUAAAUUGAAUGAAGAGUUGAUGAAUCGUCGAGUAACGAGUCGCCUGAUUGAUAUAGGACGAAAAAUGCAGAUGGAGAUGUCACAAUUAAUGCCGGCAAUAAGUUUUCUCGUAUCUUUUUUCAUACAAAUGGUCCUUUCUCACGCAAGAGCCGCUGCUUCCGUAGCCGGAAUGAUGAGCAAUAUGGCCUUGGGUUCUGCGAUGCUGAGCAUGCUCAGGCAAUCUCUUUUCGGUUCAAUGAACAGUCCAAACGUCAAGUAUGUUUACGACAACGCUCCCAUGGGACCAGGAAUAACCUGGCCUCAGUAUCACGGAUAUUGAAAGAUUCGUUUUAUUCUUUCGUUGCCUUUUGAGUCUCUCCAUUUCUCUCGCUCACAUAAGACUGCAUAUUUGACCUUUCUAUUUAUAAAACCAUCCUGAGAGUCAAAUGGUUCGUUAUCGUUAAUUCCAUAUUAUUUAUGAAAUGUUUGAACGCUAUUCAUUCGGCCAAGACUUUUCAUGCGUCGGCAAUCAUUUUUUUACGGACAAAAUGAACUAGUUCGCUCGGUCUCCUUCUUUCGUACUCGUGUCAUUGUAAUGGGAUUUACGACGGUGCUGGGUAUAAGUAAUUUACGUUUAAUUCACACUCAUUCAUGUAAUCCAUGCUCUAUAACAUUUCAUAAGCAACUUUUCAUUUGUAACUUAGACACUUUUGACACGCACUAUUCAGCGUUACAAUCAUGCUCACAUGUAUUUUUCACGAGAAACGGUUCGAAUAAAGCUCACCAAUAGCAAAGGUU